CAGUCUGUAUCUGAGCUGUGAUUGGCCGGCAGGUUCCUGCAGUCUGUAUCUGAGCUGUGAUUGGCCGGCAGAGAAUGUUUUCCGGGCGCAAGCCAGGGUCUCCAAACUCUGACCACGCCCCGUGUCCCCACCUGCAGCGGCGCCCCCCAUCCACCCCACCCCUCCCCUUAAGGACUUUGCAGCUCGUUGCUAGGCAACCAGAGACACCUGUGGGGGCCCCUGUGAUGCUGCGGGACUGUAGAAGUUUCAGAGGUCACGUGCCAGGUGUCAGGGACUCAUGGCCGAAGACGCGUCAGCGUUCACGGCCGGCCCCACCCGCUAGAACCACGGUCCAAUCACAGCCGGCCCCACCCGCUAGAACCACGGGCCAAUCAGAGCUGGCCCCACCCGUUAGAACCAUGGACCAAUCACAGCUGGCCCCACCCGUUAGAUACACGGACCAAUCACGACCAACCACUCCCUCUAGCACCACUGACCAAUCAGUGGCGGCCCCGUUGCCCGGGAGGCGGGGCUCCGAAGGCACCAUGACAUCACUGCUGCUGUUCUGCCACAGUAGUUCCAGUAACAGUCUGAUUGCCAUCGACAACAAAAUUGAACAAGCCAUGGACCUUGUGAAGAGUCACCUGAUGCUGGCGGUCCGAGAGGAGGUGGAGCUCCUCAGGGACCAGAUCAGAGACCUGCAGGAGAAGAACCAGCAGCUGCAGAGAGAAAACCACAUCCUGAGAACUCUUACAUACAAUCUACACAACACAUAACACACAAACACAAUCUACACAACACAUAACACACACAAUCUACUCAACACAUAACACACACAAUCUACUCAACACAUAACACACACAACACAUAACACACACAAUCUACACAAC